AUGCCUCUUCCACAACCAUUGGAGUCGCUGGAUAAUUCCUGUUCGGCCAUCUUCAACAACACUCUGUAUGCUUACACGUCGACGGCAUUGCAAUCAUUAUAUUUGGGCUCAGACGCAGAAUGGAUGAACUUAACACCAGGCGUUCCUGUGACAGGAGGUGUCUGUGUAAAGUCGACUCCUGUCGACAACGAUGAUGCUGCGGGACUGUGGAUCGUAGGAGGAGUAGCUGACUCCAGCGACUAUAAGGGAUUGCAGAAAUAUACAUUUUCGACGGGACAAUGGGCGACAAUUGAACCGAAUGUUCCAGUAACUCAGAACAGACUCUGGCAUAGUGCCGUCUAUCUCAAUGCCUCCGACACCAUAUUAAUGUACGCUGGAACACAGGAUGGUACCAAGCAGCCCAGCUCGCAAACCUUCACGAUCAACGCCACCGAACCUCACACCGUUCUUGCCUACGAGUCCUCGGCGGAUCCCGCGAUCACGCCAGAAUUGAUUCCGUUUUCGCAAAGCAAGGCAAUGUACGUUGGAGGCAGCGAGACUAACACGAGAGCAAUGCUAUUCAGCGCGACUUCUGGAUGGAAGGACUCUAAUUCAACGCUCGCCCAUCCUUUCUACAACUCUACAAAUAUCCAUGCCAUAGUUAUCAAUGGGGACGAUGGCAGCAAGAACCUAUACACUUUUGACAUGACGAAGUCACCCAACCAGGUGAACAGGACCAUCAUUGUGGAUGCUGAAGGUAACCCAGUACAAAAUGCUGUACCAGUGGUGGAGGAACGUGGGACGAAGACUGCGCCUACAAAAAUGUUGAGAAGAGACGAUUUGACUGUUCAGAAUUGGCCGACGUACAACGACACACUCGUGCCUUCAAGUACGCGCUCCGCCUACUCAAUCGCACGAGAUCAAAGCGGUCUGGUAGUGAUAUCAGGCGGAAAUGAGAAUGAUGUAUUGUGCAUGUUCCGAGCGAGAAAAAACACGUGGGUGAAUGCGACGCAAAUGCUUUCGCGGGCUCAGACCAAUCAACUCGGCACUACUUCGAUACCGACAACGAGCUCUAUCUUGUCAUCGACUGCCUCAUCAGCUCCUACGAACACUGCCCAGAUAUCAUCAGAGCCAGCAUCAACUACUACCGCCGCGGCUGCAGCUAAAGCUAGCUCAGAUCCUCCAUUUCCUGUCAAGCGAUACUAA